AUUCAAACACCGCCACCUCAGCUGUCGGGCGAAACAAGACUAAGUUUAGCUGUCCCUCAACAUGAGGUUCACUGGUUUGUUGAGUUUCUUUAUCGUUGUUUUGGCUACUACGACGGAUGCUACGGAAGUUUGGAAAGCUCUGGGUUGCUACAAAGACAGACCUGCACGAACUAUGCCUACCGUUUAUUCCUACCCGUUGACCGAAGCCCAAACAAAAGACUACAAGAGCAUGUUCGAGGCCUGCAAAGCAGGAGCAGAAAAUUUGAGCUUCACGAUUUUUGGUAUUCAGCACAAAARGGAAUGUUGGGGAUCUCUUGAUGCAGAUCUAACAUACAAUAAGUAUGGCUGUGCGACCAACUGCCUGAAGUCCGCUGACGGCUACGGCACCGGUACAGACUGGUCCAACUUUGUCUAUCGGAAAUCUGUCCUCACACCGGAAAAAGAUGGUUCUGGACACCUCUCAGAAUGGACAAAAUGCGAUGCUAAAUGUGGCGACGGUGUACAGUAUAAAAUCAUUUUAGAGGAUGUGAAAAAGCCUGGUUGCCCCGCGUACAACAAAAAGGUUACCAAGACUAAUAUACAACAGCCAUGCAGUGCCCCGAACCCUUGCCCAGUUAAUGGUGGAUGGAGUGCCUAUUCAGCCUGGUCUUCGUGUAGCAAGACCUGUGGUGGAGGAACACAGAAGAGAACCCGUACUUGCACNCCGUUCUCAUACCGUUUUACAUUUCUAGAAUGGACAAAAUGCGAUGCUAAAUGUGGCGACGGUGUACAGUAUAAAAUCAUUUUAGAGGAUGUGAAAAAGCCUGGUUGCCCCGCGUACAACAAAAAGGUUACCAAGACUAAUAUACAACAGCCAUGCAGUGCCCCGAACCCUUGCCCAGUUAAUGGUGGAUGGAGUGCCUAUUCAGCCUGGUCUUCGUGUAGCAAGACCUGUGGUGGAGGAACACAGAAGAGAACCCGUACUUGCACUAACCCACCACCAGCUCACGGUGGAAACCCUUGUUCUGGUGCUGCAGAAGAGACCCAGGAAUGUAACACAAAUGCCUGCCCAGUUAACGGUGGAUGGACAUCAUACUCGGACUGGUCUUCGUGCAGCAAGACCUGUGGGGGAGGAACACAGAAGAGAACCCGUACUUGCACCAACCCACCACCAGCUCACGGUGGAAAACCAUGUUCUGGAUCGGCAGAAGAGACAAAAGAAUUAUUAAGCUAUUAUAUGUUAACAGAACCUUGUAGUGUUGAAGACAUCGUCCAGUUUGUGUUGGAUUCCUUGCCUUCUGGAAGCGUUGUAGUAAACAACCAUUUAACUGGAGCACUGGUGCAAGUUGUCAAGGCAAUGGGUGCGGCGGAAGGAUUGCCAAAAGACGUUACAGUCGAUGAAAAUGAACUGAUGAACAGAAUCAAGAGUGCUUUGGACUACGGGGAAUAUGUGUACGCUCACUUCAUGUUGGGUUUCAUUUUACAAAAGCAGGAGAAAUGCAAGGAGGGCGAGGGAAACCGAAUCAUCAAGGAAAUAAAAAAAAAAGUUGGAGAGGAGAAGUUUAAGAAACUUAUCGCUGCAGACGGGGAUGUGUCGCUGGUUUUUACAAUAGACACGACGGAGAGUAUGAAUAAAGGAAUUGAGGAUGCUAAAAAGAUUGCUACAGCAAUUGCAGGAUACGAGAGAAAAAACAAAGUGAACUAUAUCCUGUCACGUUUAAACGACCCAAAUACUGGUCCUGUCACUCAGUAUAAACAGAGGUCGAUGUUYGAGUUUGCUAUAAGCGUUCUUUAUGCAAUGGGAGGUCGCGAUUGUCCAGAGCCAACAUUCAAAGCUAUCAUCGAAGCAAUUAGGAUUGGCAAUCCACUAGCAGGUUCWCCCAUGUAUGUUUUUACUGAUGCACCGCCCAAGGCUGUUGGGGAGUACACUCGUGAAAAUGCCAUCAAGGAGGCGUUGAAUUACAACAUGCAUAUCAAUUUUUUCUUCACUAAUCCUUCCGCGGAAUGCGCUUCAAGGCAAACAUCGCCCGAAAAGAGUGCCGACUUUCAUAAGAUUAUGGCGGACACAGGAGGCGUGGCGUUGUUCUUUGAAGAUGCCACAACUAUGUCUAAAAUUGAGCCGUUGGUCAAAGCAGAUUUAGAUGGAUCAACUAUCGUUGCUUCGGGAGGCAGCAGCGGUAGCGCAAGGCGUMRAAGAGAUUUCCUCAGCCUUGUAGCAAGAACCUCCAACGAUGUUUCCUUUCCUGUAGACGAAAGUAUGAAGAAACUUAUCGUUACCAUUUCUGCGAAAUCCAAUUUUGAACAUGGGGUACAACUGAUCGAUCCUAGUAGCAAUACCAUCCCAGAGACCUCAAAAUCGCAAUACGGUAAACUGUGGCUCGUCGAUGAGCCAUCGAAAGGCCAGUGGAGACUCGCAGUAGCCUCAAGCGUUGAAGGACUCUCAUACCAGGUCAAGAGCAGUGCUAUACUGAACAUCGACUUUGACCAAAUAUUUUUCAGAACUGUGAAACCAUCUGGGGACAUAGUUUCGAUAUCCAAUCCACUCAUUGGCGAAAAAGCAACGAUGAAACUUAUCCUUUCUCAGCCUUCUCGUCUCAAUAUGGCGUCACUGAAAGUUGAUCUCAUCAACGCACACGGAGCAAGCAUCAAGACUUUGUCAAUGAAUGGUGUCACUGCCUCUUUCGACCUUCCAUCCGCUGGAGCCUUUAGGAUCCGCCUCUCGGGGAAAACGCUCACCGGUGCUGCAUUCCAGAGGACAUCACGUGAGAUUCGCCCACAAGCUGCUAUCAUUCGCACUCAGUUAGACCAGGGUCUUCUUAAAGUACGCCCAGCUGUGAGAACUCCUCUUUUUGUUGCCAUUGACUACCUCGGCAGCGAAAGCAAGACGUUCAAUUUGAAGGUAACGACGUCUCCUUCCAGCGUGAAUAUCUGGACAAGAAGUUCUAUAGAAGUUACURAUGCUGGCCCAGCGGAAUUCAGCGUUGAUCUCACGACCCUUUCCAGUACUCCACAAGGCUCAGUUGUCAAAGUUUAUGUACAAGCGAAGAGCGAAGACAUAGAGCUUAACAAUGUAGCUCAGCUAAUGGUGAAAUACUAAAAAAAAAAGAUAAAAUAAAGAUAAAGCAACACUAAAAUGUAAUAACUAAAAGUCGUAAAGAUUUUCGAGAGCAAGCUUAAAUUAAGGCAAAUAAGGGGCAGAAGGGACUUCACGUUAAGCAAAACAUAACCAAAAACUUUAAUAUGAAAUCCAGCGAAGAAAAGGCGUUCAUCUUACAGCCAACUGUGUCUCUAAAUACAAACUGUGCCAUUCUUAUUAAACAUUUACCUCCUAAUUA